CGCACAGGCGCCCUGCGCUCCAGUCUGCUGACACACCGGGAGGACAGUACGCAGCACACGUUGUCACUGGACUCUAUGUGGAUUCAAAACACGGACAACACAGAUCCAUGGGAAUACUUUGAUGGGAACUGCGAUCUGCGAGCUUUUACUAGAAAACAGCAGCACUGAGGCCUCGUUCAUGCGUCUCCCUGCGAGUCACUCCCACAUCACUAUGAACUGUGAGCAGGACUUUGGAGACGGGGGCCUGGGAGUGACGCUCACACUACGCCUGCUCAUGCACGGGAAGGAGGUUGGAAGCAUCAUAGGAAAGAAAGGAGAGACUGUGAAGCGAAUACGAGAAGAGAGCAGCGCUCGGGUCAACAUCUCAGAGGGGUCGUGUCCAGAGAGGAUCAUCACCAUCACCGGCUCCACAGACAGCGUCUUCAGAGCCUUCACCAUGAUCACGUACAAACUAGAGGAGGACCUGACGGCGCUGGUGGCCAACGGCACCAUCAGCUCCAAGCCCCCGGUCACCCUGCGGCUGGUCAUCCCUGCCAGCCAGUGCGGCUCCCUCAUCGGGAAGGGGGGGGCCAAGAUCAAGGAGAUCCGAGAGAGCACUGGAGCGCAGAUACAGGUGGCAGGGGAUUUGCUGCCCAACUCCACGGAGCGAGGGGUGACGAUAUCUGGGAAUCAGGACUCCGUAAUCCAGUGCGUGAAGCUCAUCUGUGCAGUAAUCCUGGAGUCUCCCCCGAAGGGUGCGACCAUCCCCUAUCGGCCGAGCCCCUCCCCCGCCGCCCUCGUCAUCGCAGGGAACCAGGUGUUUGAGGCGUCGGACUUUGCCCCCCACCCCCUCUAUUCCUUCGCCCAGGGCGGUCUGGACCUCCAGCAGGCGUACACGCUGCAGAACCAAUACGGCAUUCCACACUCAGAGCUGGCCAAGCUGCAUCAGCUGUCGCUGCAGCAGAGCCUGAGCCACCUCGCCCAGACGUCUUCAAGCGUCAUGCCCGGAAUGGAGUCGAACUCGCAGACGUCUCAGGAGCUCCUUAUUCCCAAUGAUCUGAUCGGCUCCAUCAUCGGCCGUCAGGGCACCAAGAUCAACGAGAUCAGGCAGGUUUCUGGGGCUCAGAUCAAGAUCGGCAGCCAGCUGGACGGGACGAGCGACCGGCACGUGAGCAUCACAGGAACGGCGGUCAGCAUCAACCUGGCCCAGUACCUCAUCACCUCCUGUUUAGAGACAGCCAAAUCCACGGCCCAGGCGGCCUCCAUGGCCGCUCCUGUCGACCUCAACAUGGCCUUCACCCAGCCGGCCUCCCCCGCUGCCUCCCCCGCUCCCACCCUGGCCACCGUGGGCGCCUUGACUCCGGCCCAUGUUCUGGGCGCCCCGUACGGAGCCAUGCCCCUCUCCGGGCUGCUGGGGGUCAAGUCUGUGCCCUUUUUGACUCUGUCCAGCCCCGCCCCCCCCGUGGCCGUCACCGCCGCCCCCUCCCACACCACCCUGGCCGCCUACACCGCCAAAAUCUCGUCCGCCAACUGCAUCAAAAAGCCAGAGAGACAGAAGUUCGCUCCGUACUGAGGGUGGGACGAAGGACGGCCGCGUUGCUCCACAGACGCCUAUGUAGCCAUAUCCGCUGGCAGAGAUGCUCUUGACUUUUACUGUACGACGCACCAACACAGAAGAGACCAAUGGAGAUAAACCUAUUCAGUCUAAUUUACGGUUCUAGAUCAUUUGUGAGUUUCCCAUGAAUCGGUGGACUGCUCUCACUGUCACCUCAUCACUGUUAUUGAUCAUUAGAGAAGGGGCUGCACUCACCUGAGAGACACAUGUUCACACGCCAACGUGUGCGUCUCAGGUCGGAUCAGCCGCGAGUAUUUAUCCUUCCAGGAAUUUGUAAACUAUACUCAGAUGACAGAUGCUCCCGUAUGAUGCUUUUAUACAAUGUCUAUGUUUGGCUCUUGAGGUUUUUAAGAAAAUUUGUAAAUGUGUGGGGGGAUUUUUUUUAAUAACCUGUGCUACGGUACUGUACUUCACUGUUCAGUGUUCUGUUCAUUUUUGUGGGAUUUUAUUUUGAAUGUGCAACUUGUUUCCUCUUUAUUUAUUAGUACUGUUUCAUUUAUUAAACGUCUUUGUUUCCUGA